AGUUUACAAUUAGGUGUUAAGAUGUUACAUUUGCAUACACUCUAACUUUUGCAGACUAACAGUAUGAAAAGAUCAGCGUCAGUAGAUAAAAGCUGGGGAGGACCUCUGUUCUCUGGAAUAAUUUAUGCAAGUGUCUGUCGGUGCUGGUGGAGUGGGUAGGUAGGAGUGGCCGAGGCGCUGGCAGUCUGCUCUACAUGAAUCGUGGACUCCAAGUUAGUGGCUGCAGCUUAGAUAUUUCCUGUCAGCCGCACAGUCAGAGCCGAGCCGAGGGCGGAGGAGACGAGGAGAGGGAUGGCAGACAACAGCUCCGAUACGAGCAGCGCCGUUCCCCGGAGAUGUUUGGCCCAUUCUCCGGCGGAUAGAAACCUUUCAGCCGGUGUCGGGGCAUCGAAAUGGAUUCGACUGAACGUCGGCGGGACGUAUUUUUUAACAACGAGACAGACGCUGUGCCGGGAUCCAAAAUCAUUUCUGUACAGACUGAGCCAAGCUGACCCCGAGCUCGACUCCGACAAGGAUGAAACUGGUGCCUAUCUCAUAGACAGAGACCCCACAUACUUUGGGCCAGUGCUGAACUACUUGAGGCAUGGCAAACUGGUGCUCAACAGGGACCUGGCAGAGGAAGGUGUGCUAGAAGAAGCCGAAUUCUACAACAUCACAUCAUUAAUAAAGCUCAUCAAGGACAAGAUCAGGGAACGCGACUGUAAAACAUCACAGGUUCCGGUCAAACAUGUGUACCGAGUGCUGCAGUGCCAGGAGGAGGAGCUGACACAGAUGGUGUCCACCAUGUCUGACGGCUGGAAGUUCGAACAGCUUGUCAGUAUAGGUUACGGGCGGGCCCACCAGUCAGAGUUUCUGCUGAUUGUGUCAAGGGAGGUGAAGGGAGAGGAGUCUGCUUUGCCAAACAACAGCGGAGAGCUGGUCAGCAUAGGCUCCUCUUACAACUACGGAAACGAAGACCAAGCCGAGUUCCUGUGCGUAGUCUCCAAGGAGCUGCACAAUCAAUCAUACGGGACAAACAGUGAGCCCAGUGAGAAGGCUAAGAUUCUUCAGGAAAGAGGUUCCCGAAUGUGAAGAGGACUCAGUAUUAUGAGCUCCAGGUGUUAUGAUGCAAACAUAUCAUCUUUGUGGAAGAACGUUUGGCACAAUGGAGAUUUAAAGGGGGGUGUGCAUUUAUUUUGUGUUUUCCCUCUAUUUUUUGUUUUUAUUUCUUGAUGUAAAUAAGUCUGUUUACUGACAAUUUGUGCCUGUACAUUUAAACUGGACCUUUUUUUUUUUUUUUUUUUGAAUUAGCGGCAAGUUUUUGUUAUUUCUUUUUCUAAUUGAAAAUAAGUAAUUGCAGUCUACAUAUGUCUUAUGCUAUAAAAUAUGGCCAUCAUCCUAUAAGGCCAAUGAUUCACUCAGGGUCCUCUAUCGAGUUAAUUCUUAUAUCCUCUAACUCAAGGUUCUGGUAAGGGAUCAGUGUGGUCUUUUUAACUCAAAACUAUCAAACUCAAAAUCAUUGUUUAGAGAGGUUAAGAAGGGAAUUAUGAAUCUAUUAAGCGCAUGUUGAAGAGUCAGGCUACAAAAUGUGAGAAUCACCCCAGGAAAAAAACAAAACAAUUCAAUGAAAUAUUUUUCCCAAGACUUCAAACAGUUACACUGAGAUUUUUGAUCAUGAGGAUCCCAGCAUUACAACACUAAUUUUCAGAUGCUAUUGAAAAUGUUUACCGUCGUUUGAGAAAGUAUUUAACUGCCAAAGAAGUAAAAAUCACUUUCUCAGACUGGGUUGAAACUUGUGUGAACUAAACGUCAGUGAUUUUGAUACUGUAAUUAAAGGGGCAUUUGGGAAUUUAUCACUAAAAGGCCUUUUAUUGGUGUUGAGGAAGUGACCUGUAAUGAAGAGAAAUAUUAAAAGUCCCAUUCACACAUAGAUAAAUCAAGCUCACUUUAGAGAUACAGCAGAAAUAUCUGCCUAUUAUGGCAAUGCAAGAUGCUUUAUAUUUAACUUUCGUGGCUGUAAAUGUGUUGCUUGUGAAAGCUGCGUGUGGCACAGUGUGGUUUAUCUUGCAACCUUAGUAACACAGUAACCCACAGAUGCAGCCACUGUGUGCUUUGGGAUUAAGUCAUUAUUAUAUUUUCAGGAAGUCCACUUACCUGUUUUAUAAGGAUGAAACUUAAAGGUAUUGGGCACAAUUGUUAUCGCACGUUUUAAAGCUUUUCGCUGCUUCUGCAAAUGUGGACUGUUUUUAGUUGAAUAACAAAGUAAAAAUACUCUAAAUGUUUAAAAAAAAAAGUUUAUCAAGUUUGAACUGCCAGAUAUUUUACUUAUCUUCUAAGAUAGUUUGAGAACUCCUCAUGUUCAUAAGUCUAAAGUUAACUGCCAAAAUAGUCUAAGGUGUUUAAAAUGUGAAUUCUGUUUUACAGUGACAUUAUUUUUAAAACAUCAGUGUCCUGUUCCCUGUCAGGAAAAACAUCCUUGAAAUCGGUGGUGUCUUCAUUUUUUUUUUUUUUUUUUCAUCCCCACUGACUUCUGAGAUUUCCUUAACUAGUUGAUUUUUUUAUGCUUGAGGGAACAUCAUGUUUGAUUAUCUGUUAUUUUUCUUUUUUGUGGUAAGUAUUUGUGGUGUGGGAGGUUUAGGGACUGGAACUGUUUGAAGGCAGUGGUGAAGUACUUUGUGUUCAUAUCCAGAGGAUUUUGUUUUGAUGUAAAUAUUCCAAAUUCAAUAUUAAUAUUUAACUCUUACAAAAAACUGCACGUUUUGUACACUGUAUAGAAAACACAACUUCGAAUUGAAGUUGUUUAUACUGGAUCUUUAAAGAUGAGAAAAAUCUUGACAAUGUUGACUUCCGUUUUGCAUUGUUUGUACAGGAGAUUUUCGAGUUAGGAUUGAAACAGCUGAUGCUGAACAUGGUGUCUUUCACUGAGAACAUGCCUGGAUCAUGUUUCGAUUACCAAUAACAAAGCUAUUCUUGGCUGGCUAUGAAGUUUGACUGUUACAUUUAAAAACAAAUGUAUUUUUUCCUGCAUUGUGAUAGAUUCUUCUAAGCAUUUUGAAUUGUGUAGAUUUGGUACACAGCAUUACAAGCACUACAGUGGGAAAACAACACUGUGCACAUUGCUUACAAGCCUGUAAUGGUGUUGAUGUAAAUAUUGCAUUUUAGAACACUUUUUGUUUUUAUAGAAAGUUUUUUUCAGGUUUGAUGUGUGUUUUUUUUGAUAGGUUGGAUAUUUCAUUCACAAAUAAUUAUUUUAGUGUUGCCUUUUUCCCAAUGACCAAAAUCCAAUGUCUUAUGUGUAUUGUACACAUUAAUCUUAGUGUCAGGGAUGAGUAAACUUUUCUUAAUGCUGGCACACUUUGUACAUACAGACAUGUUAACGACACACAAACCUCCAUUUACUCACAUGUACACGUAUACACUUGACUAAACUAAUUUUUAUAUUGUCGGGGAAACAAGUAUGGAUGCAUGUUUUUGAUAUAGAUAUACACAUAUAUAAAUACACAAACACACACAAGGGCUUUCAAAGUGCAAAAUUUGACAUCUGCAAAGAGGUUCAACCAGAUUAGACUGGAUUUCCUGCCAGAGCUAGGCUAUGUUUACAUUUGCUAUAGUAUUCUGAAGCCUUCCAAUUAUGUACUGUCUUGCACUCCCUCACACACGUUAACAGUCGUCUGACUUGUGUGACUGCACCAAUGGCAACUAGCACUCCCCACUCCACAUGAACUGAUAUCCACAUGGACGUGCUGACUGAUAAAAUACUCCAUCCGAUUCUGACAGCCUAUGCUUGAGCGUUGCAGACAAUCUUGCUUUCCGCCCUCUUUGACGGCAGAGAUGCUCACUUUUUAAUAGGAUGACACUUGCCUGCGUUGGCUCAGAGCACAGGUUUAUUUGGGGUCCUUUUUUUUUUUUCUUUUUUUUUGUAGACUUUUCUUCUGCAAUGAGAUUUAAUGUGUUUUUGUGUUUGAUUUGCUUGGUUAAGUUGUAACCUCAUUUGAUAUACUCUGGUCUGAGGUGUUUAACCCCUCUACGUUUAGCAGCUACAUUACCUUUAAUGCCAUUCACAAGCAGGUCAUCUGGUUGAGCAGUUGGCAUUGAUAAUCAUUUCAUGUGAUGGACAAACUUAUCAAAUCUGUAGCCUAAUACUUAUAAGUGCCCAGUUUGUUUUUGCAUUCAAGUCAUAAGCCACAGACCACUGUAAUGCAUGAUUGAAGAUGAUCACACCUGUAAUCAGAGGGAAUGAAUGUGUCAUUUUUCCUCAAUCUAGCAAUUACAUCAAUAAUAAAAGUUCUCAUAUCACUACAUAGAUCACUUCUAUAUGAUCUUAUGCAAUGUUAAAGAUAUACAAACUUAAGUAUGAGGUUAAGGGGAUAGAUCUAAAUGGUCUUGCAUAAGGUAACUCAAUAAACUGUUUUCAUUCA